UGAUUAUGGAAUUGAUUGCCAGGUCAUGUAACGGGAUCUUUCACAAUCGUACCAAAUAUAACAUUUUCCUUUGUUAGAUUAGAAACAAUUACAAAUUUAGUAGACAACCAAUAAUGCAAAUUAUCCCAGAAAGCAUUAGCAAAAAUACAUUCAUAAAAUAAAUGUUCUGUAGUUUCAAUGUGUUCAUCACAGAACGAGCAAUUAUUGUGAUCAAAAGCAAUUCAAACGGGAUAAAAGAAAUAUUUGACUAUCAUACAUAUUAAUUUGUUUCCAUAAUAAGGUCCCAUGCAUGGUGGUUUACCGGAAGUGACGUCUUGUGUUGCAUGGAGACGUGACGUCAGGAAGCGGUUGUCAAGGGAUGUUUUAGUUGACGGAAGUAGUUAUCAGCUGGCUGCACUCUGACACUAAAACAUGCUAUUUACCGGCUACAGUUGUUCUCAUUAAAGCGCGUUAUGGUGACAAAAGACUGUCUACAGUGUUUUGAUAGUAACAGUGGUUUCAUUAGCUGUCUUCUGCUGCUAUAAGUCUGACUUUAUGUGAUGAUAAACUGACCGUAGCAGUGUGAUGCUAGCUUUAGCUGAGCAGCACAGAUAACGUUAACUAGUGAUAACAGCAUGGCACUAGUUCCUCCUUCCUCCGGAUCGAUCCUAGUAGCUGACUGGCAUCGAUGUAAAGACAGCAAAGAGUAUUUCAGCAAAAUCCUACACAAGAAGAGACGCAAACACUUCGGCCUGUUGGAGUCUCCGGUGAUGCCCCCACACGUAGCUGUGGACACUGUUCACUAUAAGAUCUUCAUCUCUGGCAAGAGUGGAGUCGGGAAAACUUCUCUCGCUGCACGUCUUGCAGGACUGAAUAUUCCUAACUUGCACUAUGAAACCACAGGUAUUGAGACGACGGUGGUGUAUUGGCCAGUGAAGCUGAGAGAAAAUGGCAGAGUGCUUUUCUUCCGUCUGCAGCUGUGGGACUGUGGAGAGAACGCCUUGCGCAGAUUUGACCAUUUGCUCCCAGCCUGUAAGGAGCAGGUGGACGCCGUCCUUUUCCUGUUCUCCUUCACUGACAGGACAUCCUUUGAUGAUCUGUCAAAUCAAAUUGCAAAAUGGACUGGAACAUCUGAGGAUCGUGUCGUGAAGUUGGUGGUUGGCACCAAAUUUGACCUUUUCAUGCACUGUGAUGUGGCAGAGAGAGACGUGAAGGACUUCCAGGAGACGUGGAGCUUACCGGUGCUGCGCGUGGGCGGGGAGGUCAGUGACGGGCUGGGUGACGUGGCCCCCCUCCUCAACUGCCUGGCGGAGAACCUGUGGCAUCAGGACUGUGUUACGGCUGCAUCAGCCAGCCACCAUUCACUGCAGGAGGCAGUGACUCCACUUUAAAAGGGGACAUAUCAUGAAAAACUCACUUUUUCAGGGCUUGUGCACAUACAGUACAUUUGUUACAUGUUUUUUGUGGGCUGCUUAGGUCAGAAGACAUGUGAUUCAACAAGCCAUUCAGAUUUGGU